ACCUGUAUGUAGAAAUGAAUAAGAUAUCUUUGGCCAGAAUGGCAAGGGCCGAUGCCGGUGGCGCCCUCCAAAACCCAGCUUUAAUCGAUCGCAAAAGGACGCCUCUUGAGGAACAAAACGAGGGGGGAGAGAAGAGAAGGGCUGGGACUCAGGAGACCAAGGAGAGGAGAAUCCCCGCCGCUCUUCGGUUCUCCCUCCCCCAUCGUAUCAUUCCAGAGACAGAGGACACGCACUCGUUUCUCUUCUCCAUUCGAGCCGUGACUCAUUCUUCCCCUUAUUCGGUUGUUUCUUGAGCCCCCCAAAAAAGAAGCCCUGGUUCGAUCGUUUCCACCAAGGAAUCUUUCAGACCGGACUGGAGAACCCUUCUCUUGCCCUCCUUGUCGAUUCAUCUCUCCGUCCUCUCAUAAACCUCUGAAACUACCGAGAGUUUUGUUGUCGAAGCCCUAAUUUGCCGCCGGAGACAAGUAGAUAGCUUUCGAAGAGAAUGGAAGCCAUCGAGAAGAAGAGCGUGCCGGAUUUCGGCCUUUCCUGGAACCUCCAUGAGAGUUUAUAUCAUCCCGGUGUCGGUGGUCUGUUUGCCAGCGUCGGCCAGGUGGGAGUCGGCUUCGGCGUCUCGCCCAAUCCUUCCAAUCCCAAUCCCAAAGACAACGGAAUCAAGAUUCCCUGCACCGAUCUCUACGUCAAGUAUGUGUCGCCAGAGUUUGGGUUUCGCGUCGUCGGUUCUCCAACUGACUCGGACGCCGGCGAACAAGUCUUGGAGGAAGCUCAGACUAAGAAGAAGGGAGGGUUGAAAUUAAAGAUCCGGAUCGGAAACCCCCAUUUCAGGAGGCUGCUCAGCGGGGGGAUCGCCGGGGCGAUUUCGCGGACGGCGGUUGCUCCCUUGGAGACGAUCAGAACGCAUCUGAUGGUGGGUAGCAAUGGGGACUCGACGACAGAAGUCUUCCAAACGAUCAUGAGGACGGAGGGAUGGAAGGGAUUGUUUCGUGGCAAUUUUGUUAACGUCAUCCGAGUUGCACCGAGCAAGGCUAUCGAGUUAUUUGCUUUUGAUACAGCCAACAAGAUCUUGACCCCUAAGAUGGGGGAACCACCCAAGCUGCCUGUUCCUUCAUCCCUGGUUGCUGGAGCAUUUGCUGGGGUCAGCUCCACCCUCUGUACAUAUCCUCUAGAGUUGCUCAAGACUCGACUAACCAUACAGAGAGAUGUGUAUGGUAAUCUGCUUGAUGCCUUUGUUAAAAUCUUGCAUGAAGAAGGCCCUGCAGAGCUGUACAGAGGGCUUACUCCGAGUUUAAUCGGAGUAGUACCAUAUGCUGCGACCAAUUACUUUGCCUAUGACACCCUGAAGAAACUAUAUAGGAAGACAUUCAAGAAGGAUGAGAUAGGCAACAUUGCAACUCUUCUGAUUGGGUCAGCAGCUGGGGCAAUCUCAAGCAGCGCUACCUUCCCACUUGAGGUGGCUCGAAAGCACAUGCAGGUUGGUGCUGUUGGUGGGAGGCGGGUGUACAAGAACAUGCUUCAUGCUCUCUUGUGCAUAUUGGAGAAGGAAGGCGUUGGGGGUCUUUACAAGGGUUUGGGGCCGAGCUGCAUGAAGUUGGUGCCUGCUGCAGGGAUCUCGUUCAUGUGCUAUGAGGCCUGCAAGAGGAUACUGAUUGACAAAGAGGAUGAUGCAUAAUUUCAACAGUUUUCUUCAGCAAAGAGGUUGAGCAAUCAAAACAGAAAUUUAAGAUUUUUGGCCCUUGCCUAGAUUCUUUUAUAUGCUUCUUAAAUUUCAGUUCUUGAAACUCUGAUGAUGCUGAGCAUAGGAUUCGGGCUUUUAUCUAGUCCCUUUUUUUUUUUUUUUUUCCUGCCCAUUUUCAGUUAUAUUUGUUUUAACUUAAAAAACUGUUGAAAGAAUUGGGUAUGGUAUUAACCUAUGGCAAAGAAGUGUCAGGAAAUUAAGCAGGGUUGGUUAUUCAUGUAGUUUCUUUCAUUUCGUUUCCCUUUAUUUUUUUAUUUUUAUUUUUAUUUUUAUUUUUUGGAGGAGUUUCUGCUUAUUUCCAUGACUAUAUUUUGGGUUUCCACAAUGAAUCAGAACAUCAUGGACCUUAUGUUACCUGCCAAGCUAAUAAACGCGAAAUGGAUUUAGAUGGAGUA